AAAAUUAACACUAAUUAACAACAUUUGAUUCUUCAUGCAACAUAAGAUGGACUCCCAAAAUGCAAGCUACAAUGUUGGGCAAGCCAAGGGUCAAGCUCAGGAAAAGGCUAGCAACAUGAUGGACAAGGCUAGCGAUGCUGCUAAUUCUGCUCAAGAUUCCAUGCAACAGGUUGGGCAACAAAUGCAGGAAAAGGCACAAGGAGCUGCUGAUUCUAUCAAGAGUGCUUUGAAUUCAAAGAAUUAAAAAGCUAAAUGGAUCGUUAAUUAUGCUUGAAUUUCUUCCCUUCAAAUAAACCUUGUUUUUGUUCAUCUACAUAUUUUGUAGAAAUGUCAUUCUUUUUUAUAUUAGAUGUAUUUAUCUUAUUUCAAUUUGUAGAAACAUCAUUCAAUUUUAUUUCAAAUGUAACCAUUUUCCUUUGAUUU